AUGUUUUUCAUCUGGGAAUAUUCUGCAUCUGGUCUUAGACUUUAUUUUAGAAAUUUUAUGUUUCUGUGGAUUACUCCUAUAUUGAGUCACAUUUUAUCAAUUACGAUACCUGUUUGGAAAUCAUAUAAAUAUUAUUUUGAUAUUCCAUUUCAUGAUAAAAGGAUUUCGCGUUCAAAGAGAUAUAAGCAAUUUGAAGAGGUUUUGGCCCAUCCUGAUUUGUUUAAACUUUAUAAAGCUUGUGCUGUAGCAUGUUUCUGUACAGAGUUAAUUCUCUUUUUAGAAGAAUAUCAAUACUUGAAAAUGUUGGUAGCCAAAUAUUGCACUCUAAUGAAAAAAAGUUUUUUACCUCCUCUCACUUCCAAACUUUGCAUGUCAGACGAUGAAGAAAAUCUAUUUAUAAAAGAAAGAUCGAUUUUACCACCAGCAUUUUACAUUUUCACUCCAUGUACAAAAUUAAUUGUUGAAACAGUUUCUGCAGCCUCUUGGAUUCCAUUUCCUUACGAGCUUAGGACUGAUUAUAGAAUGUUUUAUGAUUCUUAUCUGGAUCUGAAUUCAGAUUUGGCAAUUAAUUUUUCUGGAAGUAUAGUAAACACUGUUAAAAAUAUGAUUGCUAGUGACCAAUUUGAAUUGUCUAUAUAUGAAAAUGCUCAAGAAGAAACAUUGACUUUAUUAUAUGUUAACACUUUUGAAAAGUUUUUAUGCAUGUUUGAGUCUGAGAUUAGAAGUAAAAAAAUUUUUGAUAAUUAA